GGGGAGUUGAGUUUGGGCGCGAAGGUUGGAGCAGCGACAAACGUACUAUCCUAAGCUUAGUGUGUAGUCUGGACACAAUGAAGGUGAAAAUCAAGAGCUGGCAUGGAGUUGCCUCCUGGCUCUGGGUUGCCAAUGAUGAGAACUGUGGAAUUUGCCGAAUGGCCUUCAACGGCUGCUGCCCAGACUGUAAAGUGCCUGGGGAUGACUGUCCUCUGGUGUGGGGUCAGUGUUCACACUGCUUCCACAUGCAUUGCAUUCUCAAGUGGCUUAACUCCCAGCAAGUCCAACAGCACUGUCCAAUGUGCCGACAGGAGUGGAAGUUCAAAGAGUGACAAUGGCAAGAUUUCUCCUCCCCCGCCAUUGGAUUCCAUGGACUGCUCAUAAAGCUGGUUGGGUAUUCAGCCUUCCCCCAAGAUUGAAGAACUUAUUUUUACAAUAUUGUAUAUAUUUUCAGCCUUCCCAGAGCUACUGAAAGCAAGACUAAAUGAAGGGAAGGAAAUGGAAACACUGCAUGUUAUUUUUUUCCCCCAGCAUCUUUACCCUAUGUACAGUUCCUGCCUCUAUCUUUGUGCCAUAUAAUACCAGCUGUGAUCUCAAGGUCUGUACAAUGUAUGGAGCGUGUGGCUAUGUUGGUAAGAAGAAUUGAGCAAGUAAAUGCAAUGAUGGGUUUUUGUAUUGAGCAAGUAAAUGCCAUCAUUUUACAUCACCUGGAACGCCUUAAGAACCUUGGGUCUGUCUGGGUGAAUUGUCUGAAACAUGAUAGGUGUGUCGAGAAUUAGAGAAUUGCAUUAGAGAAUUAUUUAAAAGGAAUCUUCCUGCUAAAUUCAUCCCAACUAUUGUAUUCUGAUGUAUGAAGCAGCUAAACCUCUCUCCCAUCUCUAUCUGUUGUGAUGUGUAUUCCUGUUACAUUAGUGUCUAUAUGGUGUUCUGUCUAUAAAGCUCAAAAUACAUGGAAACUUUAGACAAUUCAGAACCUAUUUGGUCCAGCAGGGUAGUCCCACUGAUGUCCAUGGAAUUUUAAUCUAAGCCUUUAAGUGCAAAUAUAGUGCUACAGAAUGUGGGGGAGAAGACACUUUGGCUUGUGCAUGCAUCUUGCUUCACACUUGGCCUGUAGUACAAUAAUAUGUUUGUUCCCAAAAGGCUGUAAUACCAGAUUAUUGUUGCCAAGUGCUUGCCCACAGUGUAAAUCAGACCACUUGUACAUGGGGUGGUUCCAAUAAAAUAUGUGAUUCA